AAGGCAGCGAGACUGUCUUGGAAAAGCUCAGUGUUCAUCUGGGUGCUUGGUGUCACUGUGGAAUAUAACACCAGUUUAUGGUGGAAUUAUGGCGCAAAAUGAAACACAUCCCAUUUUGGAGAUACUAAAAUCCUUCAACCUAGGCGAUAUGAUUCUCGCCUUUUGUUUGUCAGUGCUUGUGGGCCUGCUGCUGGGCGCUCUAGUCUACGUUCUGUUGACCUGGGCGUCAAGGCGGCAGGCCACUGCUAGGAUCACCAGGCGCUCCAGAAAGAGAUAUUCACCAUCAGAAAACCCCUCAGGUGGCCAGCUGGGUCUUUACAGGAGCACUUUUCUGAGUGUCUACAGGCAGCCAUCUCUGGAGCCGGUGGGCCCUCUGGGGAUUAAGCCUGGCAUAGAGACGUCCACCUUUCGCCCAGUGACCAAGAGGAGCAGGGCAGGUCUGGAGGGGAUGGGAGAGGACACUCAGAUCAACAUGUCUGAUGACAUGGCAGCAUCAAACUCAUCAGAUUCAGCAUCCCUGGUGCCAAACAAGAGGCAUUCCUUCUGGUUGGGUGGUAACGGACUUAAAGGAUUCCUGCCCUCACAGACUCCCCCUCCUGCAUACGACAGUGUCAUCCACGCCUUUGAAGAGACAUGCACUUGAAUCUGUCGACAUUAAAUACCAAAAAAGUGAAAAAAGAAAACACUCUGGGAUUGCACAAGACUCUGGCUUGGUUUUGCUCUUAAAAAGUGACUGUUCUUGGUAUAGCACAUCUUUUCAUGACACUUUUCAGUUUGAAAAGAUGUUUCCUAACUGAAUAAGAAGUGUCCACAGCCAUUAAACUUCAGCCGCUUAGUAUUAAGAUAUCUAUCACGGAUGCAACUAAUGCUAAUUUUACAAUACAUUAAUUUGCAUAUUAGUUUCUCAUUCAUCAAUUAGUUUUUUCAUCUAUAUAUACAAAAUAUUUAAAUAUGCCAAUUGUCAGCUCUUCAGAUAUCUUAUUUUGACCAAAACUAUAACUAAAAUACAAUGUUAUGAUAGAGGUAAACAGCAAAACUUUAUUUUGCAUUGUUGCUUGAAAAAUGCCUCUGAACAAUCAAUAGAUUGUAAAUAUUAAGAUCAAUACUAGCCUUUAUUGUAGUGCAAAUAUGGGUUAGUAUUUUGUAACCAUUGCUAGGCAUGAUAUGAUGUACAGAGAGCCUGAGGAUAUAGAUUUCACUCUGAUGAACACUGAACACUGUGUGAUUUAUUUUAUUUUCUCAUAUAACAAUAAAGACUAUUGAUGAUUUUA